GAUAAUUUAAGCGUCCCCAUUUUCGAGACUAGAGUCCUACGUUACGUUUACUGCGAGGAGAAUAUGAACGCAUUGGUCAAGGCAGACAACGACUCUGCGUCCCUGACCAGCCUGUAUAUCCUCCUCAUCGCCACAUUCGUCGGACUUUGAAUCAUCAUGCCCAAGGGAAGUGUUCGUGGGGUUCUUUGGGAUGCCAAUGAUGAGUUCAACCCAGCGGAAGCAUGUGGUUGGGACUUUGAAAAGAUUAUAGCGUUCGGACAAAGCGUCUACGAUUCGCCCGAGAAGUUCGGCAUAGGCAUUACGGACGGGCCAGAUGAUAUAGCAUUCAAGAAUUAUCUCAAUCACUCGUGGCCGGUUGUCAAAAAGACACUGGAAUGGAGAUGGGUGUUUUGCGCCGGAGAUCCAGCCAAAGGGUCACCCGGGUGGAUGUUCGUGGGAUGGGAUAAAAUCCAACUGCCAGUAUGCACGGUUUACGAUUUCUAUGCAUGGCUUCUCUCAAUAGCGAUUGUCCCAAGAGCCGCGGCCAACAGUCGGAACUUCUAUCUUCCUCUUCUUGUCUGCUUUGGAAACUGGUGCUUCAAGAUCGCGGAAAAUACUUCCGGCUUAUGGAUGCAUUCUCCGUUCAUGGUAUCAAUUGUACGAUACCACUCCCUAGUCGAGCCUAUAGUUCCUAGGGCAUUCCUGGGAGUAACCAUGCCAGACUCGAAGGCAUUUGAAGAAGAUCGUGACCGAACUCAAUACGUGCAUGCGAUGCGACAGAACGACAUCUACCGAUAUACGUCACUUGUGCCGAAUCCGAGGAAUCCAGACAAUAACCAACCUUUUGGGCGCUGUGCUGAGACAUUCUUUUGGAUGUUUGCUAAAAACCCAUCUGUUUGUAAUUUGGAAAAAUCCGUGUACGGAGUAGCACUCCAGAUACGAGAGGGCGAGUACUCGCUGAUCCCAGUCGAUGAAUACCAAAUGGGGAGGGAAUUGAACGCUCUGAGAGAUCCUUGCCGAAAGUCUUGUCAAUAUCUGGCUGCACAAGUGAAGUCCUCCUGGGCUGGCGAUGGCUGGCGGGAGAGCUUCGACAUUAAUCUUGCAAUUGAUCGCCAGUGGUAAAAUCGAGGACGGAUGGUUUGAGCUGUGUCGUGUUGGGAUGACGUUUGUGCACUCUCUUAAGACCCUCAUGCGCUCUCUGACCCUACUUCACACCGUAAGGCCGUCCAUGAGUAUGUAGCGAUGGCCAGUCUAAUUAAUCGUCACGGCCUAAAUUUAUACCUCUAUUACCAGCGUUCCGGAUCCUAAAACUACUAUCGUUCAGCUCUAAAGAACUCUACAAAAG